AUGGUUUUCUAUAACACAUCCGGGAAUAUAAAAACUUUAAGAAAUAUUAUAUUGGAUCACAAGGCUGCUCCAGACAUGUCACCGUACGAGUACAUGAAGAUGUAUAUCGAAAAAUGUCCGGAGAACAUUGACGAUAACAAACUGACGUGGAUCGCUGAAACAUUUCUAGGCAUUCAGAAACAUGAGCAGUUUCUGAAAGAUAUAGCUAUUUACCUGUCGGAAGAGUUGUCAGACGAAGAUCAAGAUUAUUUCAUGAUUGUUCUGUAUGCUAUAACUUUUCAAAUUCUACCAAAAGACAUGCAGCUUCUUUACAAAAGCCUGUUUAAUGUAAGUAAAACAUUACUGAGCACUUUCACCGAUUUUUUGAGCAACAAUGAAGUUUUAACUUACAUAUCUCACGUGGCUCAAACUUAUUAUGAUGCAAAUUAUAUUACUGAAAAAAUUAUUGGGCCUCUGUUUACUUGGCAACCUUAUAUAAGUGAGAUGGCUCAUAAUUAUGCUGAAUAUGUGAAAAAAGUUGAAGAUCGUAAAAUAAAACCCCCCACCGUACCAAUCCAACCAAAUGUAUUAAAUCGAAAGACGAAAGAAGUUACUCGAGUACCAUCGCAGCCUCUCCCAGGCUCUCCACCAAACUCCAUACAUAACAAAAGAAGAAAAAUGGUCACAAAAAGUGCUAUUGAUAGACGUCUUAAAAGUAUUCACGAAAAAAAUAAACAAAAAGCCGCAAAUUUACUUAACGUAGUGAAAACUGCUGAUUUUCACUUUGCUCAACAAAAGCCAGCUGAAAAAAAACUGUCUUAUAAUAAACAAGAGGUGCCUGAACUUCAACCUCUACUUAAACCAAAAAAAGUUGUCGCUAAGUCAGCUCUUCCACCUGUAAGGGAGAAUAUAGCGACUAUAAAAAGAUUUAACAAAAGAAUACAAAUGACAGAACAAGAAGAAGUAGAAUGGCUUUACAGUUUAACGUCGUGCUGUAGGAAUCCUACAAAAAUAGAUGACUUGAUUGAAUAUGAUCGACAAGAGAAAGAGAAAGAGAGAAUAUAUGAUAUAGAGAAGAAACAUUUGAUGGGGCAAAUUUCGUACGAGGAGGCAGUUCUUGCUAAGAAAAAGCUUCAUGAAGAAAACAAAAAGAAGUUUGAGAUGUUUCGUAAAGAAAAAGAAGUUUGGGACGAUAAAAUUGAGAAGUGGAAAGCAACUCAACUCGAGAAAAGUCGAAUGCAAAUUGCAACUUUAUCGUUGAUAGAAUCUAAUAUAGUUGAAGCUAAAAACAACAUAGCGAUGAAGAAUAAAGAAGCUGCAGAUAAAAUUAAAAAAGAGAAAGCGACAAUGGAAGCAGAAGUGAUGAGAUUCAAAAAAGAAGAGUUAGAUCGCAAAAUUAAAAUGAUAAAGGAAAUAAAGGUGCUAGCAAUGAUAGCCAAGAAAGCUAGAGUCCCUAAAAUCAUUGAUUUGACGGAAUCCUCCGGAUUAGGUUUGUUAGGUGAAAUGUCGAUUGCAGAAUUGCAGGAGAGACUGGCCGCAAUGAAAAUUGGAAUUAAAGAAGAAAUUGAAAGAAAGAAGACUCUUAUUAAAGAAGAAAACGAAACAGCCAAAAAAGAGUUGGAAGAUGUCAGAGAUUCUAUAAAAUCCUUCAUUAGUGAACGGGCAGAAAUGCGAAAACAAGUCAAGUUGAAUAAGAAAGUUAUUACUCUAGACGGAUCAUCCUCAAAAGAGUUGAAUGACUUGAAAAACGUUUUGGAAGAGAAACGGAGACUGCGAGCGAAGUUGAUGGAUUGA